GAGAGCGCGAGGGGCAGUAGCACUUCCCAUACCCUCUAUGAGACGGCAGCGGAAAAGACUAAUGACCAAGCAUGAGGAGCCAGUGAUUCUACAAACAUGGACAAGUACGAAAAGGUGAAGAAAAUUGGGGAAGGCUCAUUUGGAAAGGCCAUCCUUGUCAAAUCGAAAGAGGAUGGACGCCAAUAUGUCAUCAAGGAGAUUAGCAUAUCUGGGAUGCCAAGUAAGGAGAGGCAGGAAUCUCGAAAAGAAGUUGCUGUCCUUGCUAAAAUGAGUCAUCCCAACAUUGUCCAGUAUAAGGAGUCUUUUGAAGAGGGAGGAUGUCUGUAUAUUGUCAUGGACUACUGUGAGGGAGGAGACCUCUUUAAGAAGAUCAACUCUCAGAAAGGAGUACUGUUCUCAGAGGAGCAAAUUUUGGAUUGGUUUGUGCAGAUUUGCUUGGCACUGAAGCAUGUACACGAUCGAAAAAUCCUCCACAGGGACAUCAAAUCACAGAACAUAUUUCUGACAAAAGAUGGGACUGUGCAACUUGGGGACUUUGGAAUUGCCAGAGUGCUGAACAGCACUGUGGAACUGGCAAGAACAUGUAUAGGUACACCAUAUUAUCUAUCGCCAGAGAUCUGCGAAAAUAAACCAUACAACAACAAAAGUGAUAUUUGGGCCCUAGGGUGUGUCCUGUAUGAAAUGUGCACUCUUAAGCAUGCAUUUGAGGCUGGUAACAUGAAGAACCUAGUUCUGAAGAUAAUUCGUGGCACAUACCCUCCCGUGUCUGUUCACUACUCCCAAGAUCUCCGGUCUCUCUUGGCACUGCUGUUUAAACGCAACCCCAGAGAAAGGCCUUCAGUCAGCAGCAUCCUGGACAAACCGUUCCUGUCCUGUAGGAUAGAGAGGUUCCUCACACCACAGCUCAUCGCUCAGGAAUUCCGCCAUAAUUUUCUUCACAAGCAGCCUAAAGUGGGUGUGUUGCAGGGGCCACCAGCCAAGCGUCCUGCCCCUGGCUCCAUACCACUCGCCCCAACCCAAAAGAUUACCAAACCAGCCACCAAAUACGGAGUGCCUUUAACUGUGAGAAAGGUGUCAGAUGCAGCCAAAAAGCCUGCGGAGAGAAAACCAGCUGUAAAGCAUAAACCGGCCCCUCUCCCAGCACCCCUCCAGAGAAGAGAGGACGAGGAAGAAAGGAAAAAACAUGAGGAUGGCAUCAGAAAGAAAAGGAUGGAGCUGAUUGAGAAAGAAAGGAAACAGAGAGAACAGAUGUUCCUGUUGAAAGCAGAACAAAUGAAGAGAUAUGAAAAGGAAAAGAUCAAUCGUAUAAACCAAGCCAGAGAACAAGGUUGGAAGCAUGUCUUGAGUUCUAGUGGAGGUAGCAGUCCAGAGAGGAAGUGUUUUGUAGGUGGUCGAAAGAGGUCUGCAGGUGCUGGCCCCCCUGUCUCAGGCUCUGUUCAGGGUCCUACUCCUGCCCCUUAUGAACAUUACCAUGCUGCUCUGGACCAAAUGGCUAAGCCUAAAGACGGCAGCAGGGAAGGAUCCUCUGCAGGACCAGGCAGUCCUAUUCGUGUACCAGCUGCUGCUGGUCCGGUGCUGCCCAAUGGCCCUUCCCAUCACCUAAACCAUGAUGCAAUUAAGAGAGAACUUCAGAGGCUGCAGCUCGUUUCUAUAAAAGCCCAGAUCAGCAGGCAGCAUGGUCAGAUGGGUGCUGACCGGACUGUCCAGGUUGAGGAGUUUUUACAGCGUAAGAGAGAAGCCAUGCUCAACAAAGUCCGUGCUGAGGGACAACUGGGUACCCGGCAAAACCUGACUGCAAUGUAUGGAAGCUGGGCUGGUUCGGUUCAGUGCAGGAGACCCAGAGCCAACAAAGAGGAGGAGGAGUACUUGAAGAAACUAAGGCAGAUCCGCUUGCUGAACUUCAAUGAGCGUCAGCAGAUCAAAGCCCGACUGAGAGGAGAGAAGUAUGACAGUGAUGGUUCAGACAGCCAGGAGUCCAAUGAGGAGGCAGAGCUCAGGAGAAAGAAGAUAGAGACUUUAAAAGCCCAAGCAAAUGCCCGUGCUGCUGUGCUGAAAGAGCAACUAGAGAAGAAGAGGAGAGAAGCAUAUGAGAGAGAAAAGAGAGCUUGGGAGGACCAUCUCGCAGCUCGGGGGGUGAAGGUUGGCAUGGCAGCAGGAAACGUAGCAGCGGCAGCAGUAGCAGUAUCAACUACCUCUGACAGUCCUCUUCCACAGCCCAGUCCCUCUCAGCCAGAAUCAGCUGCCAAAGCUCCAGUCCUGCCUGCAUCCAAACCCUCCACCCCAGCUAUAUCCAUGACUGCUGCCCUGAAGAAUGUUGGAGCAAUUACACCACUAAAAGAAAGCCUGCCUGAGCCAGAGACUGUUACAGUAAUCCAGAGUGAGAAAAAGCAGAUACUGCGCAGACUUAACCAGAACCUUAAAGCCCAGAGUUCAGUGGAGGAGGCUGAGGAGUCACCUCCACCCCCUGCAGAACCAAGUCCUGCUCCCCAGCAGAACCAGUCUGACACAGAAAAAUGCCCCUCUUCGAACGGAGACCGAAAGAAGUGGGAUGCAGCAGAACUGCCUGUACUUCCUGUGGUUCAGCAAACCCUAGGGGAAACCUGUGCCACGACAACUGCCACUUCAGUCUCUCCAGAAGACAGGCCAUCUUCUGGUGGAGACAGGAAGAAGUGGGAGGCAGGGGAGGCAGGAGUUCCACUCGUCCUCUCUGUAGCCCAACAAACUCUAGAGGAGACAUGCAUCACAACCAUUGAGCAAACAGCGGGUGAAGUUAUACAGAUGGGUGUGCUACAUGAAGAACCUCAGAGGAAGGUGUGGGGAGUGAGUCCAGACUCUCAGGUACUGAGAGUCCUUCAGGAGGCAGAGCUUCAGCCCCUCACACAGCAGCUGGAGAACGUCACCAUCUCUGAGACUCUCUCUGAGUUUCCCAGUCCCGAUAAGCCGUAUCAGGCAGCAGCACCUGAGAUUGUACGGACACCAAAAGAAGUGUUGACUCCUAAGCCAACACCAUCUGCUCAGAGCCCUGAGGUUCAGAGAGAGAGUGCAGCUCCAACAGAGGCUUCAUAUCAGGAAAUGUCUGUGGCCGGCACAAUAGAAAAACCGACACUGCCACCCAACCUUACUGAGGCUCAGGCAGACAUAGAGUCAGUGGUUUUGGAAGACACACCUAAACAAGCCUCACAUCCCCCAGCUGGUGUGCAGCAGGCAUGGGAGAAGGAAGCCCAACAGCCACUACCACCAGAGGGCAUUAAAAGACCAACAUGCACCAAGGAGGGUGAGAAGAGUGCAGAGAAACCAACAGAGUCUUCCGGUUUAGCACAGUAUGAGGAGCCCCUGUUUAUGAAGUUGUGUUCCCCGGCCCACCGACGCACUGCUGCCCUUGCAAUCCUCUCAGCCCAGUCCUCUGUGGAUGAAUCAUCCUCCUCUCUGGCCUCCCGCUCACGCUCCGUCUCACCUCUGCGCUCCAAACCCCACAACUCCCUCCUCAUUGGUCUCUCUACGGGCAUGUUUGACGCCAACAACCCCAAGAUGCUGCGGACCUGCUCUCUGCCAGACCUCAGUCGUCUCUUCAGUACUCAGCAGGAUCCUGCAGUGACUGGUGACGCUACCGUUGCCCCAGACAACAAUCUGGAAAUCGAGGACCUGGAUGAGGCAGCUAAAGAUGACGACCAGUCAGAGACUGAAGAUGCAUAUGAGGAUGAAGACCUGCGAGACAUCAGGGCCUCCAUGGAGAGACUGCUGCAAGAAGAGGGUGACCUAAUGAGGAGCCCUCCAGAAGUCGGAGCAGGGGACUUCAAUGGAAACCCUCCAGAGAGCGAAGACCAAGAGUUUUUUGACAGGAUAGUGGCUGAGAUCGAUCAGGACAGCAAUCAGAUGGCUGUAGAUGAUGAUGAGGAUGAUGAUGAUGAAGAAGAGGAAGAUGAGGAGGAAGAAGGCGAGGAAGAGGAGGAGGACGACGAAGACGAGGAUGAGGAAUGCUCCAAUGGGAGUCCUGGAGAUGAGGAGGCAGGGGAGUUGCUAACCAACGGCGUGGGAGAAGAGAAUCACAGUAAUAACAGCCAGCUCAAUGAAGAAUGGCAUUCAGAUGGGAGUGGGGAGGACCAGGGCGGAGAGGCUGAGCAUCAUGACAGCAUCUUCAGUCGGCUUGAGGAGCUUCGCUUCAACCUGGAGCAGCAGAUGGGCUUUGAGAAAUUUAUUGAAGCCUACAACAAGAUUAAGGCUAUACAUGAAGAUGAAGAUGAGAAUAUUGACCUGGGCUCCAGUUUAGUCUUCAGCAUUUUGGGAACUGAGCACCAGCAUCUCUAUCCCAACAUCCUUCAUCUAGUGAUGGCAGAUGGUGCAUACCAAGAAGAUAAUGAUGAAUAAUGUGUUCUGCAAUGGAGCUGCUGGCAGCUAUGACAAUCUGCUAGCUAUCUGAUGUCUUCCCAUGACGCACAUCAUCGGCAGAAGGAUCUAUGCAUGAAGUGUCGGCAGCCAUGCAUCUAACAGUGUUUCAGGCACACUUGCAUGAUGAAUAACUAGUACACUACACUCAAGGCUGUAUUUCAUACCUUGACUAUCAGCACCUGACACUCUUUUCUAAUCAGUGUUCAUUCAAAAGUGCUUUAUCACAUACAUGUUCUUGUUAACCAAAGUUAACUUCAAGGUUCUGUCAAAUGCUCUAGAAAGUCUGUGUCCGUAAAUAAAUGACACAAAUGAUAUUGUCACACCGAUUAAUAGUAUAAACUCUAUUAUGUCUCGGUUUGUUGUUGGUUUCAGUCAGACUCCACAGUGGCAUUUUAUUUUGGCAGGCAAAGAUCUGGUCUCCUCAGGUGCUCUCUCUUUCUAACUGUCACACACUCAGCCAUAGCUUCAAAACAAAUGUACCAUGAUUUACUCAGAACCAGUUGAACCUCCUUUUCUUAAAACUCUUUUCACCAAACUCCGAAGUUAAAUGUUAUCUAAUACGUUUUUCCACAUUUCUUACUGUUUCAGUUAACCCAGAUUAAUUCAAAGAUUACUGUGAGACUGUUGUAUGUUGCCAAGGAAUUGUAGCAAGACUGUUGGUGUGAUAUAGUGAGCGAGGUCAGAUGUAUGUUCAGUGCAGAGAGUUGUACUGAUGAUAUAAGCAAUGGUACAGAUAUUAACAAUAAUUCAUAUAUGGUUAUAAAUUAAAUAUUGUGAAUCUUUAUAUGAAGUAAUAAAAAUGUUUUUGAGAACCUGA